AUGACUCAUAUGAAGAAUCAAAAUUCGAUUUCGAAGCCGGCUGUUAUCAUCAAGCCUCCUUCGUCUGUAUCAGCAGUGCCGUCGGCGAAAAAAGACAAGUUGCCAUUGGAGAAGAAAAUGAAUUUGGAAGCGAAACAACAGCAAAAUCCGACUGAUAACGUUACUUCACCCAACAAUGACCCCGCAGUAAAUACGAAUGAACUAGCAGCAGCAGCUGAAACACCUUCGACACCGCUCACUGAUAAAGAAGCGAAAGAACAAGAGAUAAUUAUUUACGAAUUUCACUUUCCUGUGGAACUAUGCGGUCGUCUUAUUGGUCGACAAGGUGUUCACGUGGAUUACAUUCGACAAAUGACUCAAGUUGAUUUAGUUGUACGUGACGAUGCUGUUUCGUACGAAAAGCAAGUCGUGGCUUUACACGGUCGCCGAGUUGAUAUUGAACAAGCAAUUGAACUCAUCGCUAAACGUUUUCCACCUGAACGUUAUCCUCAAGUUGCUUUCAAACCUAUUAACAAGAAAAUCGUUCUACGACAACGUCCACCCGAACGUGUGCCAAUUCCUCAGGGUGUUGCUCAACUCAAUCUUCCUGAUGGUAUACCUACAGAAGUACUUGUUACAAGUGUUGUUUCCUGUAAUCACAUAUUCGUACAACAAAUUUUACAUCCAUCCUAUGCUGAACUUGCUCGUCUUGAUAAUUCUAUGUCAGUUUUCUAUCAUCAUACUGAAAUGACGCCACCUCUACCUCGACCUAUUCAAACGGGUGUUAUAUGUGCAGCGCCAACACAAGCAGGUUGGUUUCGAGCAUUAAUCACAGUAUAUAACAAUGCAAGCUCCUUACGUGUUCUCAGACAAGAUUUCAUGGUUAUCCCAUUUCAAGCAGCUGAAGUCUAUCUCGAUAGCGUUGUGCCGCCGGGUAAUCAAGAGGAUUUUACACCGGAAUCCAUCGAAUUAGUCAAACCGACGAUUCUCGGCUCGUGCUUUAAAGCGCUGGUUACUGGAUAUCAUUAUGAUAAUACACCAUUCAUUCAAUUAUCGAAACGCUUAGAUUUUCAACGUCUCGUGAAUAUUGAUAUACAGAAGAUGAUAAACAGUCAACAGCAAACGUCGACUGCACAUGAUUCGAACACAACGCACAAUGUACCUACUACUACUCCAAAUUCAACUGGUCAACCGAUGACAAAUCAAUUUCAACAAUCCGUAUCGGAUGUGUCGACUUUGUCAUCAACAACCAAUUCAGACAGUUGA